AUGAACUUCUUGUCUGCCUACCCUCCGUACCACCCGACUCCGGCUCCGUACCACCCGACUCCGGCUCCGUACCACCCGGCUCCGGCCUACAAGCCGGCUCCCUACCACCCGCAGACCCAGUACAAGGAGGAGGCCAGGCCGUUCGCCUUCGACUACGCCGUCAACGACCACUACACCGGCACCAAUUUCGCCCGCAACGAGCAGAGCGACGGUCACAACGUGCAGGGCUACUACUCGGUGGUUCUGCCCGACGGCCGUACCCAACACGUCAAGUACACGGCUGACCACUACGGUGGAUACAACGCCGAGGUCACCUACGACGGAUAUGCCGCCUACCCCGAGCAGCACUCUGCCCCUGCCUACAAGCCUGCUCCCUACCACCCGACCCCUGCCUACAAGCCGGCCCCUGCCUACAAGCCCGCCCCCUAUCACCCGGCCCCUGCCUACAAGCCGGCCCCUUACCAACCGGCCCCUGCCUACAAGCCGGCCCCUGCCUACAAGCCAGCCCCUGCCUAUAAGCCUGUCUACAAGCCUGCUCCCACCUACAAGCCCGCUCACUAUUAA